GGCCAAUGCCAUUCUGACCUUCUGAGGAUGGACCAAUCAGAUUGGAGAGUUAGAUUUCAUUCAGAACCCCCCGUGGCCGAUUGCGCAGUUGAAAAUUCACUAGGAGCUCGAGCAGGGUGCGGAAAAGAGCGUAGACUUCUAGAGAAGACCAGUGUGAACCUCUUUCACCAUGGGCAAGCUGACGGUCGAGGCUACUGGAAAGACAAGCCCAGAGGACCCGCCUCCCUAUCCUUCAGAGCCCCUCCCAACUAAGCCUGUUCUCCAGACUAACAUCGUGGUACCAGAGGCGGAGCCUGGGCAUCCACCGGCUCGCCCCAGACGAUGCCCGAAGAAGUGCGGGACCAUCGUCCUUGUUACCGUCUGUGUUGUGCUGAUAGUGGCGGUGGUCAUGCUGGGCGUCAAGCUGGGAAAGAAACAUAUGAUGGCUGGGAAACAUGGCUGUAGGGACAGUGGAGAGGAAGGACACAUGGGGAAUGAUGACUGCGAAGAGAUGGAGGACAUGGAUGAGAUGGACGAGGAGGGACCGCAGUCGGAUGGGCAAGACGGAGAUGGCGUCAAUAGUCGCUGGUGUAUUGACAAAACCUGCCCUUGA